AUGGGGCGACGACGGGAACACGGGCUGUGGCGACGGCGAUUUUUGAACGAGCUGUCGAGCGCGACGGCGCACGCGGAGUGCACGCUCGCGGACGCGUGUGAGCUCGCGUACGGGUGCGAACGGUUGAGGGAGGUUUUUAGGCGCGCGCACGGGGCGGAGAACGAGGAUGGGGGUGGGACGAGGGAGGGAUGGCGCGCGCGGUUCGAGCGGGCGACGCCGAGAGACGUCGCGGCGGCGCUCGGGGAGAUUCGUGGGCUCCUAAAGGUCGUGGACGAGGAGACGUACGCGCGAGGGAUCGAUGGUGACGCGCACGUAGCGAUCGAGGGCGACGAACCGAUGGGUGAGCGCGGGCGGGGGCGCGCGGGGGCGCGACGGGCGGAGUGCCCGUUUUGCAAGAAGAAGUUUGUCGAGAGCCACUUGCCGUCGCACGUGGCGAAGCAGCACACCGGGGCGCGUCCGGUGAAGUGCUCGCACGUUGGAUGUGAUGAAUACUUUGCGGACGAGCGCGCGAUGCGGCGACACGUGGUGUUGAUUCACGAGCAAAAGUACAAGUGCGGCGUGUGCGGCAAGGCGUUCUCGACAAAGCAAAUGCAAGAGAGACACGAAGACUCCGCGCACGCGGAGAGAAAGAAGACGAUCCCAUGUCCAGUUGAUGGGUGCACCGUGAUGUUUAGUAACGUUGGAAGCAUCAGUGAUCACAUGAAACGCGCGCACUCAAACGCAAAGCCGUACGCGUGUACGUAUCCGGGGUGCUCGGCAAAGUUCGCGACGUCGUCGGAUAAGGCGCGUCACUUCCGCACGCAUUUCGGCGACAACGCCCGGCCUGGCGCCGCAUCGCGCAGUAUGAGCGUGCACCUAUCGCAGAGUCGAUCGGAGUUGGUCAGAAAACGCGCGCGCGCUAGGAGCUUUGAAGACGACUUGGUGCCAGAGUUGACCGAUCCAUCUCUCAUGUCGAAAUGGUUGCUCGUGGGCGGCGACGAAGCUUCGGAGUUGUAA